AUGUCGAAACUCGCCCUCCUCAUCCUCGCUCUCGCAACCACCAUCUCCGCACACUUCCAAAUCAACACUCCCCAAUGGCGCGACAACUCCUUCAACGCCCCCUACUCGCAAUACAUCUACCCCUGCGCCGGCGUCCCCUCAAACUCGUCCACCAACAUCAUAAACGAAACCGGGAACGGGACUCUGUGUAUCGAUAAAUUCACGUUACCGACCGAGUUGGCCGUCGUUGAUGGGCAGUUGGCGAGUUUGCAGGUCGUUACGGUGGGGGAGACGGGUGCUGCUUUGUAUAAUUGUGCGGACAUUCAGUUCUCGUCGAAUGCGAGCUUGCUUGAUGCGGGAUCGUGUAGCAAUAGCUCGGGUGUGAGUUGGGACUAUCUUGAUUUGGCGGGGACGAGUACCACCGGGGGUAAUGCUACGGGGACUGGGGCGGCGAGUACUGAGACGGCGAAAUCGGGUGCGUUGAGAGCUUUUGGUGGGGUGAAGGUGGAUGUGGUAAUUGUGGGAUUGGUGGUCGGGUUGGCUGUUUUGGGAAUGUAGAGGGACGUGGCGAACAUGUCUGGUGGAAUCUCGGAUGAAGGAC